UCAGAAUGUUAUUCAUUCGACUGAUAACUUAUGAAUAAAGCUUUUGUGUCUGAAAUUAUAAAAAUAAUCAUAAUCCAUUCUAGUUGAUUCAGUUUCGAGAGCAAGUCGAGUUUUAAGAAUUCAUCUAAGAAUUAUUUUUUAACGCUGUGCUAAAAUUAAAAAAAUAUAAUGAAGUUUUUGGUCGGUGUUAUUUUUUUGGUGUGCAUUUUUAAUGCAGAAUAUGUACGAACUCAAGAAAUAUCUGAAACUACUGAUUCAACAUCAAGACGUAAUACUACAACAACUUCUACAACCUCGGAACCAGACACAACUACUUCUACAACUUCAAAACAUGAAACAACAACUUCAACAACCACAAAACAGCAUACAACAACUCCAACAACCACAGAAUCUCACACAACAACAACCACAAAACCUGAAACAACAACAUCAACAACCACAAAACCUGAUACGACAACUUCAACAACCACAGAACCGGAAACAACAACUUCAAAACCAGACACAACAACCCUGUCAACUUCCUCUACAACUCAAAUUAUUACAACAACCGAAGGACCAAUCAAACCGCCCUCUAUUUGGGCAACAAUGAUUUUGAUCUUGGCAUCCUGUUUAGUAGUCAUUGUCGUUGGAAUUUCUUUAUACAAAUUUUUCAAGGCUAGAAUUGAACGAAGUAGUUAUGAUCCAGUUGGUAGUUCUGCUUGAAAUGACUAUAUUCUGACAUCAUAAUACGGAGUCAUUUACGUACGAUAAUCAUCAUUAAGGGUGAGGGGGUCUGCGAUAUAAAUAUUUUGAUAUGAUAAUAAUAUUGUGACAAGAGGAGGGGGAGGGAGAGGGGGGCUACUAGUAAAUAUUAAUUAUGACUAUUUUAUACUGUCCCUGUGAAUUGUUCGAGAUUUUGCUUUGAUAUAGUUUUGUUAAGAAAUUGCUCAUUUAUUAUAUUCGUAUUUUAGGAGAGGGGGUCUACAGUCUUAACUAUUAUUAACACUUUAAAUGAUGAUAAUGAUUAAAUUUGGAUAAUAAAUAAGCCAAAUGGGCUAAGAUAGAAAAAUUUUUAAACUUUAAAUAAAACUUAAAACUUUC